AUGUCUCCCCACACUUCUCCAUUCACCUCGACCCCAAACUCGGACCCCUCUUCCUCUGACAUGGCCCUAGAAUCCAUGCUCCGAGACCUCAUGACUUCUUCCACAUUCACUACUCCUACUACACCGUCCCGAUUCGGUUUGGAUUCCCCUGCUUCACACACUGCAGACUAUGAAUCACUCUCCAAUACCGAUACCGAAAUUUCCUCUGAUUCUGAUUCGGAAGAUGUUGAUGCUGAUGCUGAUGCGGAUAUCGAUAUGGAAGAAGAAGAAGAAGAAGAAGAAGGAAAAUGGACAUUCGAAGUCACACCUGAGAUAACUCGACGGCUCUCCAUUGUUCCCAGUCCCGAAAUCACUCGAAGAUUAAGUAUCGUCCCCAUGUCCAUGCCUUCCCAUCUACUCCAAGCAUCUCUAUCUCUAUCGCAAGCCAUGGAUGAAAAAGAAGAAGGAUCAGAAGAAGACGACGCAACACCAGAAGAAGAAGAAGAGAAAAUCACACUCCCGACUCUCCCCAAUGAACUCAAACUCGAAAUUUUCUCGCACCUCGACCCCAUCGAUGCAACCUGUCUAGCCCUCACCUCCCGUCACACCUAUCUUAUCUACCGCGCAAUACACGGUACAGCGCUCCCGCUCAACACGCGACGCGUAGGUCCCAAUGAGCUCGAAUACGCCUUUACGAAGGAGGAGGCGCGGAUGUGUAGUUUUUGUGGAAAGGGUAGGUGUGAGCUCUGGAGACACAUUAGGGGGUUUAUGGAGGGAGGGGUAUGCGAAAGAGAGUAUUGUGGGAUGAAGGGGAAUUUUGGGGGGAAGGGGAGAGGGGGGAGAGAGGGAAUAGAGGUGGUGGGCUGUUGGAGGGGUAAACCGAGUAAGCCGAGGAGAUGUGGGAGGCAUCCGGAACGUACGACGACGGUUAGGGUGGAGGAUGGAGGGGAGAAUUUGGAGAGGAUUAUUGCGCAGGCUAGGGCGGCGGUGGGUGUUUAA